AUGAAAAACGAGAAAAAUGAUACAAAAUUAGAAGUUGGGAAAUUACCGGAUCAAUAUAAAUCAUCUGGAAAAUUGAACACGAAAUAUUAUUUAAUAAUUCCUGCGUUAAUUUGUGGUUGUUUAGUUUGGUUUGCUUAUAAUCAAUGGCAAAAUCCACCAGAAUUACAAAAAACACCCGAAAGUUUACUUCGUAAGUUAUAUAUAUAUAUAUAUUUGAAAAGCGAAUCUAAUUUAAUCAUAUUUUUUUAGCAAAAGAACGAGUUUGGUGGAUGCCUGAUUUAUUAAAAACACUUCCAGCAUUGGCUGAUGGAUUUAGAAGUGAAAAAGUGAGUUAGAAUUGUAAAUACUAACAAGUCAGCCUUAGGAGUUUCAUGAAGUUGUUUUUGAAACAAUUUUAAUGUUUUUUUUGCAGUAUUUGGAGCGUUACAAUAUGUCAACUUGUUUGAUCGAAGGAAACUUCGAGAAAACAGCAGCUGCUGUUAGUUGUUAUCUUUUGAAUCCAGAAAAUUAUGCGAAGAAUAAUAAAAGUAUUUCGACAGAUACAGUAGGACAUGGGUAAGUGUUUUAUUUUUGAAAAAAACACAGAAAAAGCUACAGUAAUCCUCAGAAAUUGUGUAGUUUCUCUGAUCUACAGUACUCCUAGUUCCUGAAUCUGAAAAAUUUCAAAUCUACAUUUUAAUUAAAAUUUGUUUAGAUUCUGUGGAAACUCUCCUCCACUUUCACUUUAUUCUUGGGGAGAUUGGAAAAAAUAUCUAUCAAAACCAAUGCGAAAAUUAGUUAUGAUUCAACAACCUUUGGAGAGAUUUGUGAGGCAAUUCUCUGAAUUUUGUGUUCGUCAAAAAAUAUGUUUUGAUUGUGGAACAGAUGUUGCAUGUUUUCUUCGCAAAAUCAAAAAAGAUUUGGAAAAAAUUGCGGAAGGUUUGAAAGGAAAUAUUCGAACACCGUUGACACGUGUUUUCAGUCCACAAUCAUGGUAAGUAUUUUUUAGCGUAGUUCAGGAAAAAGUCAUGUUCAAAUUUAGGUAUUGUCAUUUGAAUCAUCAUCUUCGAGAAUACGAAUUCAUAAAACUUGGAGGAAAUUCGACUGAAAAAGAAGAAUAUAUCAAUCAAUGGACAACAAUUCUUGAAAAACAAGGAGUAAAAGAAAAUUUGCUAGAAAAUAUUAAAAAUGAAAUAAAUAAAAUAGCAAUGGAACUAACAACAGAUGAUAUGAAAUUAUAUGCAAAUAUUCGAAAAGAUGUUGAUCUAUUUCGACUUUUUCGACAAGUUUAUGAAUAUGAUUAUUUGAUUUUUGGCUACUCAUUGGAAGUUUAA